AUGCUGGGCACCGCCUUUGAGAAGAUCAGCUACGAGGUGAAGAUCACCGCAUCGCCCGACGGAGGCUCGGUGUUGAAGAGCACAAGCAAGUACUUCACCAUUGGCGAGGUGAAUAUCACCGAGGAGGAGAUCAAGGCCGGGAAAGAGAAGGCGGACACGAUGGUUAAGGCCAUCGAGGCUUCUGUCGUGGCAAACCCUGAUGCCUGUCGAGCCGAUCUCAUCGCUAUCUUUUAUUGUUCAUGCAGUCAGUACAAGACAGUGAAGCACAAGGUCGAGGCCCUGGACAAGAACUUCACCUACAGCUACUCGAUCAUGGAGGGGGACGCACUGGGCACCACCCUUGAGAAGAUCAGAUACGAGGUGCAGAUCACCGCAUCGCCCGAGGGAGGCUCGGUGUGCAAGAGCACGAGCAAGUACUUCACCAUUGGCGAGGCGGACAUAACUGAGGAGAAGAUCAAGGCUGGGAAAGAGAAGGCGUCCGCGAUGUUCAAGGCCAUCGAGGCUUAUCUCUUGGCAAACCCUGAUGCCUAUCGAGCCGAUCUCAUCGCUAUCUUGUCUUGUUCACGGUACUGUAUUAAAUAUAUCUGGUUGUGGUAA